UCCUUUCUGCUCAACGUUUAAUACCACCCAAUAUUCCAAUUUCUAUACAUUAUAAAUAAAUGUUUUGUUCUGUUUCAAAAAAAGUAUUUGUAAAAACAAUUAUAGAAUUGAAUGCUCCUUGAUUCAAGCACACAAAUUGUGUUACCCAGAUCGGCGGCUGAUAUGAUUUUAUUUUCACUUAUUAAUCGUACUGCCUCCAACUUGGACAUGUCUUCAGAUUUGAUUGAUAAUUUGUACAUUUUGGAAACCGUUCUUCUACUUUGGAGUUAUCUGGAAUGUGGUGUAUUCUUUUUUGUUCUUUGCACUAACAGUCAAUAUCAUCCAAAUUUAACAUGGCUUUUAAAAAAUCUAGUUGCUCAAUAUUUCUUCUCGAUGGCAUGCCGCCUAUUUCAAAUUUAUUUUCAAUAUGGAAUUGACGAUGAAAGCGGUUUAAAAUCAAAUUGGUUUUUCAUUUUUGUUACAUUCAGUAGGAAUUGCUUGAUAUUCACUGCUCUCUAUUUUUCCCCGUUUGUCAUGAUGGAGAGAUUGUAUGCUUCUAUUCACAUUGGAGACUACGAGAACAAACCACGUCAUUAUGUUGGCUAUACGCUUUCUCUAUUUUUGUAUCUUUGGUCUCUAAUGAUAGGAUUAACAUACGCCUUUGAAAUCAUACCUACUUACAUUCACGUAUCCUGCUUGGUAUCUAUCAACCUAUUGGCAUUUGUGAUAUGCCUCUUGAACGAAAGAUAUAAUUCGAAAAAGUUUGUGCAAAAGAAGUUCUCAACAAGGAAAUCAGUAACAUAUUCGCUUUCGGAAAGAUACCAAAUUGUUGAAAACUUGAAAACGGCCUAUUUGUUUAAACGUGGCAUUAUUUCCAUAAUAUUAUUCUCUGUAAUCUGUGGUGUUUUCUUGAUCAGAAUGAGCAGUGAUGAGCACGAUUCUUCGAUGAAUUGGAUUCUGAUUGGAUUCAAUUAUGCGGCCAUUUUAUAUGGAAUUGGUUUUCCUGCGGCAAUGUUUUAUUAUGAUGAACAAUUCCAAAGACAAUUGAUUACUUAUAUUAGACUGCUAUUCUGCAUUUCCCGAACGACUCCACUUUAUGAGGAAACCGAACAAUCGUCACGACAAGCAAAAAUUAGUCGGAAUUUGGAAGCGGUCAAGGAAACGGACAUAUAUUUCAAUAAUUUGAAAGGAGAUUGGGAAAAAACGGCACCGAAAUGCAAGAGGAAAAGCGAGUGUUGAAUUGGUUCUAUUCGGGAAAGAACAAAACAGAAUUCGAGAAAAUAGUACAGUGAAUUGAAAUUAAAUAAAGGCGAAUUGAAUCUAAUGC